UCCCCAGGGUCCCUCUCAAGCUGUCCUAGGGGAGGGGGCUCUGGGAGCCACGUGGCCCCUCCCUGCCUCUCGCUUCAUCUCCCGACAAGCUCCAGAGGGGCGGGGAGAGAGCGCUGGAGGAGGAGGAACUCAGCAGCUCUGCAGAGGGGGCCAGGAGCUCCGGUAUUUGGUACCCCCAGCCCCAACGCUGUUGCUGCUGCUGCAGCGGGGACACAGGCCUGGCUGUGGCUGCUCUCUUCCUCCUCCUCCUGCUGCUGCUACUGCUGCUGUUAUUGCUGCUGCUCCCACUGCUGCUACUGCUGUGGCUGGGUACACACUGCCAGCUCCUCGGUGUAUGUUUACCUCAGAUCUGCGCUCAACGGUGGGACCCAGCCUUCUGGUCUUCUCUACCAGCAUCCUGCAAGGUUCAGCAACCCCUCUCCCGGAAGACACACCCAACUUUCUUCCAAUACCCCGCCCCCUCUCCAACCUAUUUUGAGGGAAUCCCCUUCCUCUUAGCCUAGUCUUUUGAGUUUCCCUUGUGUGCUUAGGGGGCUAUAUCCAACUUUAUAGUACAGUUGUGUAUCGGCCCUUCGGGAUUCCCUAGACUCCCUCGUUCUCACCUAGAGCUCUUCAGAUAUGAACCAGACUUCCUAAGCCCCUCCAGGUAACCUCUCUGCCGGCUGUCUCCCAGCGUCUUAAAUAAGCCAGUCCCAUAUACCACUUUAGCUACCCCCGCCCCAAUCCUAACCUCUCCUGCCUUCCCUAGAUCUCCUGUAGACACCCUCCAGGCUAUUCUUGGCAGUGCUAGUCACUCCGGAGAUACUUUUUAGCAUCUUUACAACCUCCUGGCUACCCUUGAGAUGCUCCAGUCCCCUUUUGUGAUCUACAAGGGGGCUCCAACCCAGGGAUCUUUUCCUGGCAGUCUUCUGGGUGUGGACAGCCCUUCGGCCUCUUUCAAACAGCUCUGGUUCCAUCCUCAGCCCUCUGAAUGCCCCUACCCAUCUCCUCUCCAACCCAACUGAAGGAUUACAGACCCUCCAUUACUGGGAUCUCUUGAGAGUGAGCAACUCCCAACCUAUUUCUUGGUCCCUCUGGACACCCUCAGACAUCUCUCAGGAAUGUGUUGACUUCUUUAGAAUCAUCUCAGUCUUUCUAGACCUGAAGAUCCUUCUUGGUUUCUCUGGCACAUCAACCCCUUCUCAGUUCCUUAGAAACCUCCCAAAUAUCCCCCCAAGCUUCUGUCUGUUUUUCUAGUUCCUUCUCUCUGUGUCUGUCUCUCUGUCUCUGUCUCUGUUUCUCUCUCUCUUUAUACACACACACACACACACACACACACACACACACACACACACACACACACUGGUUUCCUUUUCUGGGUCUCUCCAAGCCUCUACCAUCCUGGAGAUAGCCACAUUCUCCUAAAUACAACACCCCCAAGUCUCCGAGGGUCUGGGGAGCUGCAGGAUGGCGGCAGGUGUGGCCACAUGGCUACCAUUUGCAAGGGCUGCAGCAGUGGGCUGGCUGCCCUUAGCCCAGCAGCCCCUACCCCCAGCACCGGAGGUGAAGGCAUCCCGAGGGGAUGAGGUUCUGGUGGUGAACGUGAGUGGUCGGCGCUUUGAAACCUGGAAGAACACGCUGGAUCGCUACCCAGACACAUUGCUAGGCAGCUCAGAGAAGGAAUUCUUCUAUGAUGCUGAAUCUGGCGAGUACUUCUUUGAUCGUGACCCUGACAUGUUCCGGCACGUGCUGAACUUUUAUCGCACAGGCCGACUACACUGCCCCAGGCAGGAGUGCAUCCAGGCCUUUGAUGAGGAGCUAGCCUUCUAUGGCUUAGUCCCAGAGCUUGUUGGUGACUGCUGUCUUGAAGAGUAUAGGGACCGCAAGAAGGAGAAUGCAGAGCGCCUGGCAGAAGAUGAGGAGGCCGAGCAGGCCGGGGAAGGUCCAGCCCUUCCAGCAGGCAGCUCCCUGCGACAGCGACUCUGGAGGGCCUUUGAAAACCCACACACAAGCACUGCAGCACUGGUUUUCUACUAUGUGACUGGCUUCUUUAUAGCUGUGUCAGUCAUUGCCAACGUAGUGGAGACCAUCCCAUGCCGUGGUCCUGCACGGUGGCCCACAAAAGAGCAGCCGUGUGGUGACCGCUUCCCUACAGCCUUUUUCUGUAUGGACACGGCCUGUGUGCUCAUAUUCACCGGGGAAUACCUUCUGCGGCUUUUUGCAGCCCCCAGCCGUUGCCGCUUCCUGCGUAGUGUUAUGAGCCUCAUCGAUGUGGUGGCCAUCCUGCCCUACUACAUUGGGCUUUUUGUGCCCAAGAACGAUGACGUCUCUGGUGCCUUUGUCACCCUACGUGUGUUUCGGGUCUUCCGAAUCUUCAAGUUCUCCAGGCACUCCCAGGGCUUGCGGAUUCUGGGCUACACCCUCAAGAGCUGUGCUUCCGAGCUAGGCUUCCUCCUCUUUUCCCUCACCAUGGCUAUCAUCAUCUUUGCCACUGUCAUGUUCUAUGCUGAGAAGGGCACCAGCAAGACCAACUUCACAAGCAUCCCUGCUGCCUUCUGGUAUACCAUUGUCACCAUGACCACACUUGGGUAUGGCGACAUGGUGCCUAGCACCAUCGCAGGCAAAAUUUUUGGGUCCAUCUGCUCACUUAGUGGUGUCUUGGUCAUUGCCUUGCCUGUACCAGUCAUUGUGUCUAACUUCAGCCGUAUAUACCACCAGAACCAGCGUGCUGACAAGCGCCGAGCACAGCAGAAGGUACGCCUGGCAAGAAUCCGGUUGGCAAAGAGUGGUACCACCAACGCCUUCUUGCAGUAUAAGCAAAAUGGGGGCCUUGAGGACAGUGGCAGUGGGGAGGGACAGAUGCUGUGCGUUAGGAGCCGCUCUGCUUUCGAACAACAGCAUCACCAUCUGCUGCAUUGUUUGGAGAAGACUACGUGUCAUGAGUUCACAGACGAGCUCACUUUCAGUGAGGCCCUUGGAGCUGUCUCACUGGGUGGUCGCACCAGCCGCAGUACCUCAGUAUCAUCCCAGCCAAUGGGGCCUGGGAGCCUGUUUUCAUCCUGCUGCUCUAGAAGGGGAGAGCGCAGAGCCAUCCGCCUUGCCAACUCUACUGCGUCUGUCAGCCGUGGCAGCAUGCAGGAGCUAGACACACUAGCGGGUCUUCGGAGGAGCCCUGCCCCUCAGAGCCGCUCAAGCCUCAAUGCCAAGCCCCAUGACAGCCUUGACCUGAACUGUGAGAGCCGGGACUUCGUGGCUGCCAUCAUCAGUAUCCCCACCCCUCCUGCCAACACGCCAGAUGAGAGUCAACCUUCCUCCCCUGGUGGCGGUGGCAGUGGUGGCAUGGCUAACACCACCCUCAGGAACUCCAGCUUGGCUACUCCGUGCCUCCUCCCUGAGACUGUCAAGAUCUCUUCCCUGUGAGGAAUGGGCCUGCCCAUUCAGAGGGCCUUCUUUAUUCUUGGGAACUCCUUUCCAAAGCCAUAUUUUGGGGAGGCAAAGAGGGACAGACCCGGGAACUCCUUAUGCCCCCAGACAAGAACUAUGCAAUGGAGUUUCAUAGAAUGGCCCAUCUGAUGGGGAAGUAGGGAACGAGGAACUUCCCUCAGUUCAGACAGUUUUUCUUGUGGGAGCUUGAAGCAUGGGACUCCAUAGGUCCCUGGCCUCCUUGCCCCAGCAUGCUGGGACUGGCCUCUCUCUCCUAGCUGGCCUCUUGCAUGCCUCUUCCCUUGGGCCCUCUGAGGCAGGUUAAAGCUUUCUAUAGUCUGACAUUUGAGGUCUGGUCUGACAAGAGUUGAGAGUUUCUCUUCUCUUUGGUUGUGUUGCGCAGGUUUGGGGGUUCAGGGAAGAGAACCCUCAACUCUAAUUUAGCCUCUAGGGGGCAAGGUUUUGUCCUUCUCAGGCCCAGCAUUUCCCAGAUUUGGAAGCUUGGAAUGCAACCCUGGGCUGGCUUAAUGGGCUGUGGCCUCUGUAGUGACCUGCUACCCUCAAGCUUUGCCUGAGGGGGUCAGGCUGCUUCUCCCAACAAAGAGAUAGCACAAACACUACCCUCCCCUGGCUAGCUGCUGGAAGUGACUUCCUGCCACCUGUCUUCUGCUGGGCCUCCAGCAAACUAGCAAUAGCAGCUGCUGUCAUACCAAUGUGCAAAGCCUCGGACCAAUUCGCUGCAGCAUAUACAUGUGCUCUGAUCAGAUGGGCCACAUCUAACUACUCUCUUCUCUGAUGUGCUCCCUUCUUGGGUUGGUCUGCAGUCUGGACCUGCUGAGAUAAGAGACUAACAUCCAGCAAGAGCUGGCGUGGGCUGGUUUCAUAUUCUUGGGCAGAAAUCCAGAAAUAGUGUGGGCAGAGGACAAAAUUGUUCCUGACCCCUGGGAGAGAUAGAAGAUAUCGCCUCCUUCUCUGCUGUAACUCCUUUUGCUCGCUGUCUUCUCCUCCCUCUUGGGUCACUUGGAUCUAUGCUCUCAGACCGAAUCUCACGUUAUCUCAGGUUCCCUUGUCUCCAGCUCUGUCCCUCUAAAGCUGGCAGCUGACAAAGAUGAAGUUUUCAUCAGUCAAUAAAACCUAAGAGGAGAGAUGUGGACCGAA